AUGAAUUUUACAGAUGCCGAGAGGGGGACGGAAGUCCUCAAGCAACUUUAUGCACAGAGAGAGACAGGUAGCUUUUGCGACGCAGUAGUUGUGGUGCAAGGCCGCAACUUUCAUGCGCAUAAAUGCGUGCUAGCAGCUACGAGUACGAAGUUGCAGUCGCUGCUGAAGGAACGCGAGGCAGAAGGCGUGGAACAGCGCGUAAAGCUGAAGCUAGAAUGUUCCAGCGCCGGCGUGUUUGAAGAGUUCCUUAGGUAUCUGUACUCGGGUGUCGUAAAAAUCCACGGGGGUAACGCCAUUGAAUUGCUCGGUCUGGCGCACGAUUUGGAGAUUUCCUCCUUGCUUCGUUGUUGCGUUGACUACCUCAGGCAAUGCCUGAACAUUGCCAACUGUAUGCUUCUCAGACAGAUCGCUGAGAAGUACGCAAUCGACGAAUUAUUGGUCGUAGUGUCGGCGUUUUGCCGGUCUCACUGGUCACAGAUCCUCGCCGAAUCUGAUGAACCUCUGGCGUGGCAUUGGACGAGGGUUGAGAAGGAGAUCGCCGGUGCGACGGCAGCAGAUCCGUCCGGCACCGAACACCUGUUUCGUUUCGUUCUGCGUUGGGUGCUGUACGACUUGCCAGAGCGGGAACGGUUUUUCAAGCAGCUACUAUCCUACCUCAAUAUCUCAUACCUGUCCAGCGAUUUCAUAUCUUCAACGCUUUCGUCGAAUGAGCUUUUCCGCAGGAGCAACGCCUGCCUAGUAGCCCUGAUCGACUUCAUGCGCACCUCAUCGCAGACCUUCGACGAAACCAUUGUUGUCCCCGACGGGGCGAAUGUAGCGCAGCUUUCCUCGGCGCCUGUCGUAGCUUCUUGCUCUCCUGAAUCCAUGGUCGAGACCAAGACCUAUGGUGACGCCGGCAGUAGGGCUCCCUCGACCGUCGGGUCCGUCGGCCAGCUAUCCUCAUCCGGCGUCGUUGUAGAACCCCUAAACUCGGCCGAUCGCUGUGAACCGGUCAGCCAGGGCAACGCUACUCUGCAGUGCUUUAAAGUGAACAUCGUGAGGGCCGUUUUGAACCGUGCACAUAGAGCCCCAACUCCGGUCGGUCUGACUUCGUCAACGUCGUCGGACAUGAGUGAAUUCAUAUGUGCUUCAGUAUCCGGUUCUACUCGGAUAUCAUCGUCGUCGACUGUUUUCGAGCCGUGUUUUUCCAAGAAUGCGAAUACCACAGACCGUACCUCAGACUCGGACGCAAAUGUGUCGAACGAAGUUCCUGGAGCUUUCUCGUUCUUAUGGCCGCUGAACGCUAGAGGUAAGGGAAGAACUAGUGGAACAGGUGGAAAGUUCACGUACCUGGAGGUCUUGUUUACUGGUGACGGAAAAUUGGAGGAAGAGAUCGACCGGCCGAUUGGAAUAGCCAGUGACGUUCAGCGUAAACCAGCUUGA